AUGGUGAGGCCGUCUGAAAUCGCCUCCUAUGGUAACCAGUCAUUUUCUGCGGAGAUCGUCGACCUCUUUCUCGAUGACUGUCAGAAGGAUUCCGCCACCCUCAUCUCGAGCAGCCUCGUCAGUAGGAAAUGGGCCCUCUCCACACGCCGCCACCUAUUCUCGAACAUCACCAUCUCUGUUGGUCGCGGUAUCGGACGGUUCGGUGACCUCUUCCACUCUCCGCACGCGACCAUCACGCCCUUCGUCAAGUCACUAUCCCUCAUCGCAGAGGGAGCACAAUGCAGCACAAACGGAGAGCAGUCGGAAUUCCUCAUCCAACUGCUCUCCAAGCUGAGGGUCGUACCGUUCCGUACCUUUUCACUUAAAUUCAAAGAACAGGGUGGAUACGUGCUAAGGAAAAAUCCUCUCUCUGCGCAAGCGCGUGGCUUCGUGUCGUCCUAUCGCACUGUGGUAAACCUCUGCCUCCAUUGCGAGUUCAGAACGAUUACAGACCUGGUUGAGCUGAUCUGUUCACUUCCCUUGUUGGAGGUUGGAGAUCUCUCUGUGCAAAUUCACGAGUCGUACGGUGAUCCCCAGCAUCGCCCACCGUCGACACUGCGAAAGGUGAUACUUUGGAGACGGUUCCAGCCAAUUUUGGAUUGGAUCUCAGACAUCACCCCUGAUCAUUCGAUCUCUGAUAUUAUUCUCAACUACGAUCCCGACUUUCAAAAUUCUGGAAGAAUCUCCCAAUUUUUGGCUUCCCAGGGGAACAAAUUGACCCACUUGACGUUAGAAUUGUCGCGGGAAUUCAAACGCUACUACUUCCCAGCUUCGUUUAUAAAUAUUUCUUCCAAUGGUGGCCUCGGUCGCCUAGAGCUCCAUAAUUUAUCACCGGAUGAUGUGGAGAGUAUCCUCAACAGCGUAUCCACCUCAUCGCCGGUGGAAAUCGCGAUAACUUUUGGUUUAUUCCCUGAUUAUAUCAUUCGCGACUUGACCAACAAAUUCGAUUCAAUAUUUUCUGAACCACGUUAUGAUCACUUGAGGAGCCUUGCGGUCAGCUUCUCCGGAAGGGACUUGGACCCCGAGAAUACCUUUCCACAUUGCUGGAGCCGUGGUAUUCUCACAGGAUUCACUGCACCACCCGAAAUUCGAGAUUAG